AUGUCAUCACCCAUCGGUCCUCGGAGAAUCUUACACUCUCGCACCUUCAACGACCGAACCAGUCUGGACGCUAUCACCGAAUACACAAGGAACAAACUCUUGGACCGUGAAAGGCAAUACCCUUCGACGUAUAAUACACCAACAGUAGCUUCAUCCUUUGACGGUCGGGGUAGCGGUCCUGCGUCCACAGCAGACGGUGGUGAAAGGAGUCAUAGUCCGGCGCACGAAGUUCACUGUUGUUGCGGCCAGAAGACCUGCGAGGCGAGGGUGAAGAACAUCUCGGUGCUGUCCGAAUUGGAAGAGAACUUGCAGACCGCUGCACAGCUUGGACAGGCUCUCCUACGCCAAGCUGAUGACGCCGAAAGGAUUCGGUCCGACAUGGCUUCGAAAAUCAACAGACUCGAAGAAUUGAACAAGCAGUUAGAAGUACAGAAUACAUCGAGUAUAGAAAAGAACCGGGAUCUUUUAAAUAAAUGGGCUGACCCCUCGGAAUGUGUUGUCCGACAAACCCAACAGUCAUUAGAAACCUUGAACGAAUCCGUCACACAGGCCGACUCUAGGCUUAGGGAACUUACAGCCGACCUUGAUGAUACCAGGGCAGAACUUGACCGUGUUAGCGCCAGGGCCGCCCGUGCCGAAAUCCUUGAAGCCCAACUUACUGUCCUUGAGACAGAACAGGAUGACCUUAGGAGGAACCUCUCCAUAACUCUGGAAGAUGAACGAAAUGCUGCUGUAAGGUGGCAGAAGGCCGAGAGGCAGGUCGAGGACCUGCAGGAUGAAUACAAUAAAUUGGAAUCCGAGUAUAUGCAGGAGAAAAUCAAGACACAGAAGUUAGCCAACAAGAUAGCUUCCAGAAAAUCGAUAAGGGGCCUCCACUUCCCGGCCGACAAGAUGGAGGGCGCGGCUAUAUCGAAUUUCAUGAAGGAGAUUCUUCAGGAUAACCAACAAUUACAAGCUGGGACGACUGAAUUGCGUCAGAUGUUGAUGAUUGCCCAGGAUGAGAUUGGCGCUUUGAGGGAACAAGUUCUGCUUACACAGCGGCCGGAACCAAACGAACUUGGGCGAUCGCCGCUUUCGUACGAAUUCGAUGGUUAUGGGAGGCUUUCACAGGAACUGCACGUCCAUCACCACCAUCACGUACUAACACCAAAGGAAAAGGGAAGCAUACGUAAGGUUAAGAGGAGGGUUAAGGCUCCGCAAGCGAGGAAUCCACCAUCUUCGAGUCCUUUACCUCCCGCUUGGGCUGCCUUUGAGCAAACUACUCCAUCAAAACGAUCAUCCGUUCAGACCAGUGCUUUUGGUGGACAUACUCGAAAUUCGUCAGUCCCAAAUACGGUCAUCUCAGAAACCGCCCCGUCAACAUAUCGAGACUCUUCAAUUUUCGACCCUAGUUUUAAUGUCGACGAAUCAAGGCCCACUAGUGCAGGGUCGAUGGGGGCAGGAAUGCCUAUCAGUCCAAUUAAUGUCGAAAAGAGGCGAGGGCAUGGGAGAAACCAUUCGAGCUUCAACCCGCCACCUUUCUCUGUCUUGAGCGAAGAGGAAUUUCAAGACGUUCACCCACCUGUUGAGUCAAUGGGCGAAUCAGUAGGGGAUCUUUCUCCUGCUGAAGAAAGCGAGCCUGCCUUGCAAGAUUCUGGGGAUUUACCCCAGUUCGAAAUCGAUUCUACCCCACAGAACGAGGAGGAGGAAGAGGAAGAGGAAGAGGAGGAAGGAGAUGUCCCUGAUGCCUUCGAACUUAGCAUGCCUUCUCCAUUCCUAGCUACUACUAUCCCCGGUAGGCGACUUGUUCGUUCAGCUUCACACGAAUCUCUUCUUGCUCCCGAAACAGAGCCUAUUGACAUAUUUGGCACACCAAAAGGAGAAAAAGCCCCAAUCUCUAUUACCUCAACCUCAAAUGCAUUCAAUGCGCUGCAGGCAGUUAUAACUCCUGCGACAGCUCAGAAUACACCAGCCAGGUACAGCUCGCAAACAUACACGCGCCUUCUUCUUUCUUCAAAUGCGCCCAAAACUCCACCAACACCGCCAAAACCACAGCGUGGGGUCGGCUCUUGGUUUUGGAAUAGAUUUGGGUCUGGAUCUAAAGCCCCAGAAUCCGCAUCAUCGAGCCUGGCCCGUCACGUUGAAGUGACCGAUGAUAGCAGCAUCACUACCAUUAGCGAUAAUGGCGCGGAAGGAUCUACCAAAUCCGCCGCUAGCUCGAUCAAAAACAUUUCCGUUUCACCAUCGAAGAAACUUCUUAAACCACCAACUAGUCUGAUGCCUAGGAAGUCCGCACCCAUCGUUCUUGCGACUCCCGUCGAUGAAGAAUCUUUGGCAGAAGUAUUGGCUGAGUAG